AUGUCGGCUACAUGGCUUGCCGUGCUGGCCUGUGCUGCAGUAGGCACUUCGGGUCUCACCGUGGAAUACCUGGUGGUGGCCGGAGGUGGAGGUGCGGGCUCUGGCGGCGGCGGCGCGGGCGGAGUUUCGCAAGGUUCUGUGAACAUCCUCAGCGGCUCGGUGUGGCCCGUGGUGGUUGGUGCUGGUGGCAUGGGAGGAUAUGGAGGCUCGCCUUUUGCUACGUUGCUUCCGGCUGAGGACAAGAAUCAGUCCACGAGCGGAGGGGCUUCAAGCUUGGGAUCGAUUGUCUCCUUUGGUGGCGGCUUUGGUGGCUCUGUCAGUCGAGUCGGAGGCAAUGGUGGCUCUGGCGGGGGCAGUAGCUUCGACCGUAUUGGCGCAAACGAUGCAGGGCGAGGCACUCUUGGUCAAGGCAAUGAUGGGGCGACCUCCGACAGAACUGCAUUCGGAGCAGGGGGCGGGGGAGGGGGAGCCGGCCAAAGCGGCUUCCAACCCCCAGAUGAACACUUGGGUGGACCAGGAGGAGAUGGGAUCGAGUCCAAUAUCUCGGGAACAUCGCAAUGGUUUGGCGGGGGAGGUGGUGGAGGUGUCAACGACAACUUCCCGAGUCCCGUGGAGGUACCGAACGGUGGAGGUGCUGGGGGUCGAGGAGGGGGCGGAAGAGGUAGCAACCGGACUGCGGGCUUCCGUGGUCAGUUUCAGGAGGGGUGUUUCAAUGGUGAAGCUGGAGUGCCGAACACAGGUGGCGGAGGCGGAGGCACAGACCCUGAAUGCCUCGCAGCAGGCAAUGGUGGUUCCGGAAUUAUUGUGUUUCGAUACCAGAGCCCUGAACAGAUCCUGAUCGGAGGCAACGUAUCAUCUGUCGACGGGUACAUAGUUCACACAUUCACAGAGGUGGGUACGUUCAACGUGGUGUAUCCAUUUGACUGCUCGUGCCAGAAUUUCCCUGUGAAUGGUCCUCAGUUCCGGCAGUGUAACUACUGGGGCGACCCACACUACACAGCGAGUUGGGGCCCUCACGGCCGUUUUGACUAUCAAGGCUUAGGUGUGCAUGAGGUGGUGAACAACAGCGAGAUGUGCCAGAGCUUCCGAAUGCAGGCAUUCCAUUGCCAAUACAGAAACACUGGGAAUGCCGUGACCCUUGGUGUGGCCUUCCAACUCGACAACAACACCCGGGUCUUUAUGAACGACUCCUACGUUUUCGUGACCCCAGGCAGCGAGGAUCGUGUGUCCAGGAGCGGAAGCCUCACCCAAGCUCAGCUCCGCAACGGUGUGAACAUUCAGACAGGCGACCAUUGCAACUUUGCGAACAUCAAUGGGGUGACCAUCCGUGGAAAGCCUGGAUACAUCUUGAACGCAAAGAUCCGGGCACACGAGGAGGUUGAUGCACCCCAGGGAAUCUGCGGAGCAGAGUUUCUGGUGUCUACAUUUGUCAGCGAUGCUGCCGACUACCUCUUCACAGACGAUGAGUUCCUUCGCCUUUGCGACCAAUGCGAUUCCUUUGGAGGCACUCGCUCUCCCGGAUGCCCCGGAGCUACUACGACUACCUCCCCAGCUGUCCUGAGCGACCGGUGCAGCUUUGCGCAGCCUGGCGUGAACUCAAACAUCCCUGGGAUUCUGAGCACCGUGCAGGAGUGCCAAAUAAGUGCUGGGACAUCACCAUUCGAUGAAUAUGAGCAGAAGGAGCCCACUGCAAAUCUUUCGAGCUUCGAUGACGUAUGUGUCUUUUUCUACGAUUCAAGCAGCGGUGCCAAAAACUGCAACACGUUCUGCGGCUUGCUUGGCACCACUUGCAACAUCUUCCUGGGGCAAGUUGGUGCCUCGGGAAGCUGUGAAACAGCAACCACUAGCUUUGCUGACUGUGAUGCUACACCGGGUGAUGCAGCCAUUUGCGCGUGCAACAUCAAUCAGGACUUCAUCCCCAACGCUGGUGAGAGCAUUACCCAGAUCGUGGCAGCUGCGCAGGCAGACCCAGACAUCAGCUUCCAGGACGCAGUGGACAAUUGCAGCACUGGAUGGCUGGCCGGGGUGGUGCUCCCAGCGAACUUGUCGAACGCGUCGAACAAUUUGACAGAGGAGCAGUUCAACGUGCUCAGCUGCAUUGCGGAUUGGGUUUUUGCCGAGCCAGAGGACCGCGUUGUUAUUGUCGAGGUGACCCAGGAGCAGGAUCCUGUCUUGCCACCAAAUGCCUGUGCAGCCACCGAUGGAACGAGGCUUGAGGAUCCGUCCAACUACCCGUGUACUUGCGAAGGGACGAUGACAAUAUGCACCGCCGGCCAGUUCUGUGAUGCCACGUCACCUACACCCACGUGUUUGAUCUCCUGUGCAACCUUCUCAUGCGCGGGGUUCCUGAGGAAUAAUGCUUCCGAAAUUCCCUGUCCCGGAAGCAUUUGCACUGAGAGUCUCUGUUGUCAAGCCACCACCACCACCACCACAACAACUACAACCACCACCACAACAACUACAACCAGCACCACAACAACUACAACCACCACCACCACAACUACAACCACCACCACCACAACUACAACCACCACCACCACAACUACAACCACGACCACCACAACUACAACCACCACCACCACCACAACAACCACCACCACCACAACAACAACCACCACCACUACGACCACCAGCACCAGCAGCAGCACCAGUACUACCACCACCAGUACCACUACCACCACCAGUACCACCACCACCACAACCACCACCACCACCACCACAACUACAACCACGACCACCACCAGCACCACAACAACAACAACAACAACAACAACAACAACCACAACCACAACCACAACCACUACCACUACCACCGCCACCACCACAACCAAAACAACCACCACCACAGCUACCACCACGACAACCACCACAACGACUACCACAACGACCACCAUCACCAGCACAACCACCUCCACGACAACUAGCACUUCGACUACAACCACCACCACGACGACUACCACCACCACCGCCGCCACCAUUUCCACUACCACUGUCAGCAUGAGCAGCAGCACCACCACCACGCAGACUCCAAGUACAAGUCCAGCUCCAACCACUAGCACCACUCUAGCUCCCACUUGUGCAGAUUUCCAGUGCCCCGCCAGAUACAGGAGCAAACCGUACGGGGCAGAAAUCCACUGCAACCCCACCGGAUGUGAUGUUCGCACGUGCUGCGUUCGCAAGAGGCACCUGCGGCACCGCAAGCACAGGCACCGGUACCAUCACUACGAUUACAGUUACGGAGAUGCAUCCAUCCUUGAGAUUGACUACGACAAUGAUUCUGACGAUGUGGAGGACAGUGCAUUCUUCCAGGAACCGUGGUGUGAAGAGGGCGAUGCAGCAUGCGAGGAGGCUGAGCUUGCUCAGUUUGACGCCGAGCAUGAUCACGACACAGAGCUAUGA